AUGGAACGUUCAUGUGUUCAACUGGAGGAUUUACCAGAUGAAAUUCUUCUGAUUAUUUUCCAAAACUUGUACAAUUGUGAUGUACUUUAUUCUUUCUUAGGUCUUAAUACGCGACUUGAUACAAUUCUAAAUGAUAGAAUUUUUACAAGAAAUUUAACAUUAAUAAAACCUAUUCAUAGUUCAUCAUAUGAAUUCACCGAUAUAAUACUUGAUCGAUUUUGUCUUGAAAUUUUACCUAGAAUCAAUGAUAAAAUUGAACGACUUAAUAUUGAAUCAUCAUUUAUGGAACGUAUUCUUCUUGCAACAAAUUAUCCUAAUUUACAUACACUUGGUUUAUAUGGUUUUGUAGCAGAAACAGGGUAUGAAGUCUUUUAUGAGGAAAGUUAUUUAAUUCAUCGAUUUCAAAAUCAAAUCUCAUCACUUUUUAUUCAGUUGAAACCACAUAAACCAAUACCAGGUGCAUCUGGAUAUGCAGUACAGGAUAGAAAUAUAUUUCUAUUUAUUAACAUCUGUAAUCAUUUCAAGAAUUUACGAUAUUUAAAUUUCAGUUCAUCUUCUAUUUAUGAACAAUUAGCAUUUUAUAGGCCAACUUCAACUAAUUUCUCUUCAAAUUUAUUAGAAUUACAUGUUGUAGUAAAAACUAUCGACGAUUGUCUUUGUUUACUUGAUGGUCAGCUUAAUCAGUUGCAUACGUUUUAUGUUACGAUUCGGCCUCGUGGUGUUCAUGGAGAGGAAAUAGUUGGCAAUGAUAAGAAGCUGCUCAAUUUAAAAUGCUUUUCGCUAAUCCAUGAAGAUGAAAUAGACAUGUAUGAUUAUAUAUUGGUACCACUUUUCCAAAGAAUGACAAAUUUAGAAAAACUUAGUUUGUAUUUUGUUAAUAUAUGUGAACCAAUUAUUGAUGGUGAGGAUUUGGAAAAGAAUAUUAUUAAUCAUAUGCCACGAUUAAACGAAUUCACAUUUAAUAUUUGUUCAAUUAUUUGUCCUCAUCUUGCGGAUCAACCGAUUAAUUUACCAUCAAACGAUGAUAUUCAACAUACAUUUCGAAAUUUUCAAAAUAGUCAAAUUAUUUCAUCUGUUUAUUAUUUUAACUCAGACUAUUUUUAUUGUCAUAUUUAUUCAUAUCCGUAUACAUGGAUAUUUUAUCAUAAUAUAAGAAAUAAUUUUCCUGGUGGAUUAUUCAAAUGUGUUCGUGAAAUAUCAUUACUUGAUGAACGUCCAUUUGAACAUGAUUUUUUGCUUCUAAUUGCUCAAUCAUUCCCAUCUAUUAAAAAAUUAACUUUAGAGAAUCAUGAACCGCAACAAAAUAACCAUCUUCAAUGGCCAAUAAUUAGAUGUUCUCAUCUUAUUCAAAUUGAUCUAGCUAGAACUCAUGAAGAUUAUAUUGAAGAAUUUUUAAACAAUACAAAGAUAUGUUUAUUAAGUAAUGUUCACCUUCGUGUAUCUUAUAGUCGUUUAAAAAAAAAGUAA